AUGAAUAAGGUAAAUGAGAGUGACAUCCCAAAGGAGUUCAUCCUGUUAAGUUACAUAGAUCUACCAUGGUUGGCACUUCCUUUCUUUGGGGUGGUCCUGGUUUCCUAUAUCUUGACCAUUUUUGGCAAUCUAGGAAUCAUUCUGGUGUCACGUCUGGAUCCCAAACUCCAUACCCCUAUGUAUUUCUUUCUUACUAAUCUGUCUUUCCUGGACCUUUGCUACACCACAAGUAUAGUUCCACAAAUGCUGGUAAACAUAUGCAGCACCAGGAAGGUCAUCAGUUAUGGUGGCUGUGUGGCCCAACUUUUCAUUUUCCUGGCCUUGGGGUCCACUGAAUGUCUCCUUUUGGCUGUCAUGUCCUUCGAUAGAUUUGUAGCUAUUUGUAGACCUCUCCAUUACUCAGUUAUCAUGCACCAAAGACUCUGCAUCCAGUUGGCAGCUGCAUCCUGGAUUAGUGGCUUUAGCAACUCAGUAUUGCAGUCCACACUGACCCUUCAGUUGCCACUCUGUGGCCACAAAGAAGUGGAUCAUUUCAUCUGUGAAGUUCCUGCUCUGCUCAAGCUGUCCUGUGUUGACACAACAGUAAAUGAGACUGAAUUAUUCUUCAUUUGUGUUCCAUUCCUUCUAAUACCCUUGACACUUAUCCUUGUGUCUUAUGGUUUUAUUGCUCAAGCAGUCCUAAGAAUAAAGUCAGCUGAAGGUCGGCGUAAGGCAUUUGGAAUUUGUGGCUCCCACCUAAUUGUGGUGUCACUAUUCUAUGGCACUGGUAUCUAUAUGUAUAUGCAACCACCAUCCUCUGCCUCCAAGAAUCGGGAUAAGAUGACAUCACUUUUCUAUGGAAUCAUCACACCUAUGUUGAAUCCUCUUAUAUACACACUUAGAAACAAAGAUGUAAAGGGAGCUUUUAAGAGGUUGGUUGUAAGGGUUUUAUUCAUCAAGAAAUGA